AACAUUUUAUUAAUAUACUUAUUUUUGAUAAUUCAAAUUUCCCGCAUUUUUACACGUGCUUUUACUGUUUGAAACACGUGUUAUUUCUUAUCAGUUUCAUUUAGAUUCCCACAUGGCAUUGUGAAGAAAGAUUGUGUUUCGCUUUCGAUAGUUUCGAUUUUCGUGCAAUCUUUGGUAAACUACAGUCUUUUUACUAUAUGUAUUAUGUGAUUAUCUGCAACGAUGAAGCAUAUUAAUAAAGAAUUUGAAACUAACGUAGUUUGAAGACUUAAAAGUAAAAAGACUGUAUCCUUUAUUUUAUGGAAACUGAAGAUGAAAUAAACGAUGACGGUCAAGGCAACCUACCGUUUAUUAUUGAUGAUUCAGUUAAAACACAAUCACAUGAAGACGUAAAGCCAAAACGGGUGAGAAAGUUAACGUCCGGGGGACAGGAAAUGUACGAAAAAGACGUUGAAAAAUACACUGCGGAGCUAAUCCACUAUAGGAAGAACCUAGAUAUCUUAAUCAAUAGUUACUACUCAGAAGAACUAGAAACAUCAGAGGUUAAAUUAUUGCCAGACAGAAUUAAAACGGAACUGUCAAAAUAUCAACAAAUUUCAGAAAAAUUCAUCGGCUUUCUGAACAGAUACAGAACCGCAGAGAGCGCCCGGGAAGAGGCGACACAAAAAUUAAUCUACAAAAGUAUAAUGUCAAAGGCUAAAACAUUUUUAAAUGAGAUCGACAUUAAAUUGAAGCAGGCACAAUCAGCAAAAUCUUUCGCUACUGGUAGAAAAUCUAGAUCCUCCUCCGCAAGUUCAAUGCUAAUUAAACAAAGAGCAAAAAUGGAUGCUGCUAAGACGAAUCUGCGCUUUGUAAGUAAAGAGGCAGAACUUGAAAGAUUACAAUUUAAGCUUGAAGAGGAAGAACUUAAAACAAAAGCAGAAUUAUUAAAGAAGAAAGUCGAAGCAAAGUUACAAAUGGAACUUUUAAAAUCAGAGAAAGAAUUUGCAAUUGCUGAAGCUGAGUUUAAUGCCGUCCGUGAAGAGUUGGAGAUGGAGGGAUCACGAGCUAGUGGUAGAUCCAUGGCGUCAGUUGUUGAUCCUCGUCAACACAUCGAGAGGUAUCUACAGGGACAACAGGAAAUAAUGAAAUCAGGAUAUACAAAUCCUCAACAAAUGCAACCUCCAGAGUUCAACGUUCACGCCGCACCGUUUGAACCUAAAUCCGAAGAUAUUAGACAAACAAAUUAUGAAAUCAACAACGUUUCCGUGGCAAACGAACUCUCAAAGUUCUUAUUAAAGAAGGAUUUAUUGAUGUCUCGUUUUAUGAAAUUUAAGGAUCAAGCAGAGUCUUAUCAUGUUUGGAAAGCUUCGUUUUCCAAUAUAACUCAAGAACUUAGCGUCAACGCUCGUGAGGAACUUGAUUUAUUGAUGAAAUGGCAUGGGCCAGAAUCAUCAAGACAUGCAGAAAGUCUAAGGUUAGCCAAUGCAAGAGACCCAGUAAAAUGUCUGAAGCGGUUUAACAUUUUAGAUAGUAGUUUCAAAAAUGUGCCUUAG